AUGGCCAGCACGUUAAGCCCCAGCACCAUGACUGGGACCCUGGGUCCUCCUGAGAUGUCAGAGCGCAUCCAAAAUGCUGCUGACAUCUCUGUCAUUGUCAUCUAUUUCAUGGUGGUGAUGGCUGUCGGGCUGUGGGCAAUGCUGAAGACCAACCGGGGCACUGUUGGAGGCUUCUUCUUGGCUGGUCGAGAUAUGACCUGGUGGCCGAUGGGCGCCUCUCUCUUCGCCAGUAAUAUCGGCAGUGGCCACUUUGUGGGGCUGGCUGGGACGGGAGCAGCUUCAGGAAUCGCCACUGCAACAUUUGAAUGGAAUGCUUUGCUGCUGUUGCUGGUUCUAGGAUGGUUCUUUGUCCCCAUAUACAUCAAGGCAGGGGUGAUGACUAUGCCAGAAUAUCUGAGGAAGAGGUUUGGUGGGAAGCGACUCCAGAUCUACCUCUCUGUCCUCUCCCUCUUCAUCUGUGUGGCUCUGAGAAUCUCAUCAGACAUAUUUUCUGGAGCCAUAUUCAUCAAGCUGGCCUUGGGAUUGGACCUUUACCUGGCAAUCUUCAUCCUCUUGGCUAUAACUGCUAUUUACACGAUCACUGGGGGCUUGGCCUCAGUUAUUUACACAGACACCCUCCAGACCAUCAUCAUGGUGAUCGGUUCCUUUAUUCUCAUGGGGUAUGCAUUUGCUAAAGUGGGAGGCUAUGAGAGUUUUACAGAGACGUACAUGAAUGCCAUCCCAUCCAUAGUUGAGGGGGACAACCUGACAAUCAAUCCCAAGUGCUACACUCCUCAGGCUGACUCCUUUCACAUCUUCCGAGAUGCUGUCACUGGAGAUAUUCCAUGGCCAGGAAUGACAUUUGGAAUGACCAUUGUUGCUGUGUGGUACUGGUGCACAGAUCAGGUUAUUGUGCAGCGCUGCCUAUCAGGCAAGAACAUGUCUCAUGUGAAAGCUGCCUGCAUCAUGUGUGGGUACCUGAAGCUGCUGCCCAUGUUCCUCAUGGUAAUGCCAGGAAUGAUCAGCCGCAUCCUAUACACAGAGAAGGUGGCCUGUGUUGUACCUUCUGAAUGUGUGAAACAUUGUGGCAUUGAAGUCGGUUGUACUAACUAUGCCUACCCAGUGAUGGUGCUGGAAUUGAUGCCUGAUGGACUGCGAGGUCUGAUGCUGUCAGUCAUGUUGGCCUCUCUCAUGAGCUCCAUGACCUCCAUCUUCAACAGUGCUAGCACCCUCUUUACCAUGGACCUGUACACCAAGAUUAGGAAACAAGCAUCAGAGAAAGAGCUUCUUAUAACAGGACGGCUAUUUAUCAUUCUAUUAAUUGCCAUCAGCAUUUUGUGGGUCCCAUUAGUGCAGGUAUCUCAAAAUGGACAACUAUUCCAUUAUAUAGAAUCAAUUUCUAGCUACCUUGGGCCUCCAAUUGCGGCUGUCUUCCUGCUUGCCAUCUUCUGUAAAAGAGUCAAUGAACAGGGAGCCUUCUGGGGUCUAGUCAUUGGACUUGUGAUUGGCCUUAUUCGCAUGAUUGCAGAGUUUGCCUAUGGAACAGGAAGUUGCUUGGCUGCCAGUGACUGUCCCAAGGUCAUCUGUGGAGUGCACUAUCUGUACUUUGCCAUCAUCCUCUUUUUUGUUUCCAUACUAGUUGUCCUAGGAAUUUCCCUGUUAACAAAACCCAUUCCUGAUGUACAUCUGUAUCGUCUGUGCUGGGCUCUUCGGAAUAGUACAGAGGAACGAAUUGAUUUAGAUGCAGAAGAGAAAAGACAUGAGGAAGUUGAUAAUGAUGUUGAUGAAGAUAAUCCUGAGGAACCUCAUGGAUGUCUCAAGAAGGCUUAUGACUUAUUCUGCGGUUUGCAGAAGAAAAGCCCCAAGUUGAGCAGAGAGGAGGAAGAAGCCCAGAAAAAGAAGUUGACAGACACAUCUGAGAAGCCUUUAUGGAGGGCUAUAGUGAAUGUCAAUGCCAUUCUUCUCCUGGCAGUGGCUGUCUUUGUCCAUGGGUAUUUUGCCUGA